AUGGGAAACACCAGUGGGUCAUCUGUGGCGGAACUACAAGCUUGUGAGAGUCAUCAGUGGUACAGGAAGUUCAUGACAGAAUGCCCAUCUGGACUUCUUACAUUUUACGAGUUCAAGCAAUUCUUCGGCCUGAAGAAUCUGUCCAUUACCUCGGAUUCCUACGUUAGGACUAUGUUCACAACGUUUGACAUGAAUGAUGAUGGCUUCAUUGAUUUCAUGGAGUAUGUAGCUGCUCUGAGCCUGGUGCUGAGAGGAGGCGUGCAGCAGAAGCUCCGCUGGUACUUCAAACUGUACGACAUAGACGGGAGUGGAUGCAUUGACCGUGAUGAGCUGCUUCUCAUAAUUAAGUCCAUCCGUGCAAUCAACGGUAUCAACUAUGAGAUAUCAGCAGAGGACUUUGCUAACAUGGUGUUCGACAGGAUCGACAUCAAUGGAGAUGGUGAACUCUCCUACGAAGAGUUCAUGGAGGGGAUUCAGAAGGAUGAAAUUCUGCUUAAGAUGCUAACAGAAAGUUUGGACCUUUCACACAUUGUCCAAAAGAUUCAAGGAGAGUUGAGAGGAAACAAAUGAUAUUUCCCGCUGUGAUUGUCAGACCCACAGGGUCAGAUAAUGAAUGGUUAAUGCAGGUAGGGGUCCCAGUUGAACUGAGCAACGCCCCUGUAAUUCCCAGCCAAAUGGACCUCGAAAUAUGUAUAUUUUUUAAAUGUGCCACAGCUGGAUGACUUGAUCCAGGAUGACCCACGAAGCACCAUCAAGACAAAUGGAUGUGGCUCACAUAAUCAUUGAGCUACUUAGACUUUCAACCAACCAACUUAGCAAAACUGUGAUCAAGAUACAAAGAUACAGAAUGCUCUCGUAGAUCCCACAGUUCCCUAAACAAAACAAAAAAACUAAAACUAAACAAACAUGUAAUUAACAAGAAAUCUUGUGUAAAAAAAAAAUCACCAUGACAAAGACUCUUAUCAAAACAGCUUGAACAAAUCUGUGUCAUAAAGAUGAAAAUAGAUUUUUUUUUUAUGUACCCUUGUUCAUCCUCUGUUGUUGAAAUGAGACAUUGCAUAAUUUCUGUCCAAUGUAAAUACAUAAAGUGCCAUUAUUUACAUGCUCUCAAAUGUGUGACUAUGGGUGUUUAGGUUAAAGUAGUAAAUCAAGAACUGCACAGCAAAGCCCCCAAGAUUUCCAUUAUGCUGACUCAUUGCAGACAUGUCAACACUGAGGUUGCUUUACUAAAGAGUAGCUGGAAUAUAGUUUUAAAAUAAACUCUCAGAAAUCA